AUGGAUACAGUAGCGAAGAAAGCGGAGGUGCGCGUCAAACUCAACAGCGAAUUGACCGAUUAUCCGAUUGCUGGCAACGGCGAUGAAAAGAAUCAUUAUCAUUUCCCAGUCGCCGAGAACGAAGAAAUCGGCCGAAAGCAGAAGCACAAGGCCGGAUUGCAAAUGUGCCACAGUUUGACUUUGCUGGAACGCUUCACCGUACUUGUCCUAGACGUGCGCGUUGAGCAGAUUGGCCCUGGAUACGUUGAGCUACUGAUCGAUACAUCAUUCGGACCCGUGUGCAUCUUGCAAACGGUCACGCCGAUCGAACCGAUGCUACAACGAGUAACCCAUCAAAUCUUUUCACCGCCAUUGUUGGCGCCCUACGCCAAUCUGAUCUUCCUAGGCGAGUGCGUGAUGUUUGAGCGUGAUAUCAUGAUCUGGAAUCAUAAGAGAUAUGAGCGGCAGCCGAUACUGGUGAGUGAGGAUCGUGCCAUCCGGGAAUAUCGGCGUUGGUACUCACAGUUCUAUUCCACCCAUAGUCCUACCUAUCAGACAGCCAUUCAGAACUUACAGUGGUGA